AUGCAGUCCAUCAGAGACAUGAAGUCCAACUUUAGUACUCCGUCGUCGUCUAUUCCCUGUGGUCCCGAAGCUUAUCGCCAAGGCAACAUCAAGAUGACUCUGGAGAACCCAGAACUCUGGAAGUCCUUCCAUGAAAUAGGAACAGAGAUGAUUAUCACUAAACCAGGCAGGAGAAUGUUUCCACACUGUAAAAUCAACCUUUCUGGACUAAUUCCAUGUUCCAAGUACAUCUUGUUGGUUGACAUGGUACCUGUGGAUGGUUUCAGGUAUAAGUGGAAUAAGGAGAAAUGGGAAGUGACUGGGAAGGCGGAGCCGCAGCCUCCUUGUCGUACGUACCUGCACCCAGACUCUCCGGCCCCUGGGAGCCACUGGAUGAAACAGUCAGUGUCCUUCCUCAAGCUCAAGCUCACCAACAACACUCUGGACCAACAUGGCCAUAUCAUUUUGCAUUCCAUGCACUGCUAUCAGCCGCGCUUCCACAUUGUCCAGGCAGACGACAUGUACAGUGUACGCUGGAGUGUCUUCCAGACCUUCACCUUCUCUGAGACCACCUUCACCUCGGUCACCGCUUACCAGAACACUAAGAUAACAAAGCUGAAGAUUGACCACAACCCAUUUGCGAAAGGCUUCCGAGAUGAAGGAACUAAUACAAAAAAGCAUGCUAACAGAAUCCCAGCCUCAACAGAGAAAAAAACAAAGGAAAUGGAUUAUCUAAGCAAAGACUCAUAUGAGGACAGCCCUUCAAGCUUACACAUGUCAUCAUAUGUGGGAUACGAAGGAGAGCGGGCAGAACUCACUGAGAGAAAAGAGGAGGAAGUGGUGAAAGAGGAGCACUACUCCCCUUGGGGGCCUGAGAGGGAGCAUGGACACCACGGCCAGACAGACACACCCCCUGGACCCGGCGUCAGGGACAUGUACAAUGCAGAGCAGCUAGUACCAGACCCAGCUUCAUACCAGCCAUACAGGUUUCAUAAAUACGGGAGGUCUCCAUCUCCCUCCUCCAACCUGGGCAGCAGCAAUGGCGGUUCUGGACGGGCCAGCUUUGAGUCCAGAGUCCCUGAUGUAGCCACAGUCCCAGAGCAUGAGGCCCCCAAGCCCUCUGCUCAUGAGAUUAGACCAUCUCCCUGUGGCCCGCAGCCCCUUGCAGGACAUCAUCCGGACUACACAGGUGUGCUCAACAUGGCCCAAGCAGGCAAGCCAGGGGUCCUCAGCCACCACAUCUACAGCCCUUAUGGCACAGAGAAGACCCUGGGCCAGUGGAGCGGCCCCAGCCAUACCCAGUACCCUCCCCCUCACCACCUGCCCACUGACUACAGUACCCCGGCUGUGCACCACGGAUAUCACCAUGGCAACGUGGCUGAGUGGAGCCAGUACCCACUCUUCUCCUACUCAUGCUGGUGA